AUGGAGGAGAUGGAUCGUUCCGCCUCCCCUUUGCACUCUGGCCUGGAGCUGAAGGGCCAGAUGGUGCCGUGUCCAGAGUCGGGGUCGCUGCUGUUCGUGGGCUCGCCCGACCUGGACGGGCUGGAGGGCCUCACCAGCCACGGGCUCUUCAUCUCGGACAUCCCGCUGCACGACGCCACGAGGGACGUCAUCCUGGUGGGCGAGCAGGCGCGCGCGCAGGACGGACUGCGGCGGCGCAUGGACAAGCUGAAGGGCCGCGUCGAGGAGGCGAACCGCGCCGUCGACGCCGAGCGCCAGAAGAACGUCAGCCUGCUGCACCUCAUCUUCCCGCCGCACAUCGCGCGCCGCCUCUGGCUCGGUAAAACCAUCGAAGCGACGACGCACGACAAUGUGACGAUGUUGUUCAGCGACAUCGUCGGCUUCACGUCCAUCUGCUCCAACGCCACGCCCAUGAUGGUCAUCAGCAUGCUCGAGAGCCUGUACAGCCAGUUCGAUGUCUUCUGUGGCCAGCUGGAUGUUUAUAAGGUGGAGACGAUAGGAGACGCCUACUGCGUGGCCGGAGGACUGCACAAGCAGUCUUCCACGCAUGCGCAGCAGAUCGCGUGGAUGGCGCUGCUCAUGAUCGAGACGUGCGCCGCGCACCGCACGCACGACGGCCAGCCCAUCAGGAUGCGCGUCGGCGUGCACACGGGCGCCGCGCUGGCCGGCGUGGUGGGGCGCGUGAUGCCCCGCUACUGCCUGUUCGGCCACCACGUCACCAUGGCCAACAAGUUUGAGUCGAGCAGCGAGCCGCUGCGGGUCAACGCCAGCCCCACCACCUACCAGUGGCUGUCGCAGACGGAGGGCUUCCAGUUCGAGGCGCGGCCGCGAGAGUGCCUUCCGCGGGGCUUCCCCGACGACGUGGAGGGCACGGCGCACUUCGUGCUGGGCUACUGCCACCCUUCACUGCCCGCCGACCGACCUCUGGUCGAACACAUCGACACCGCCCAGCGAGAGCUGCUGGGGCGCUGAAUGCCGGCCACACUGCUCGUCCCGGUGUGGCGGCACUCAGGGACCCUUCCAGCAACACAAGGAGCGCACUUCAGUCUACACGGUGGAACUAUAGCGCUGAAGUGCUUCAGGGAACUGUAUCACAUUGAAUACGUUGAUGGAGAAAAAAGGAACACCGCCAAACGAUAUGUAAACAGGGUGUAUUAUAAUCAGUAGCCAAAACUGACGCAAGUGAAAGUAUAUGACAGCAGUGUUGUAUUCUCGUCGCCACUGUAGUCUUGUACCAUAGCAAUCAAGGGAGAGGCUGUUGUUUGGUGUCAGGUAUCCUCUUUCUACAACACAACUGCACACAUGUAUUCUUUAUUUACUUGAACAGAAAGCUACCUAUCUUGAGAGAGUCCAUGUAUUCUGUAACAGUCCACGUUAGCCUCAGUGCUGGUGAAGUACACAUCCCACUAUGCAGUGAAUGACAGAUGCCGAAAUAGGAUGGAGUUAGUAUGCCAGUG